UAUACUAUACACAUAUCUAGCUUGCACAAGCUUAUCCCUCUCUGUGUUUGGGAGUGUAAUCCAUUUCUCAUGGGUAUUAAAGAAAUCAAGUCGCCUGAAGUUUUGCCUGAGACGCCGCCGAUGGUGACGAUGGAAGAAAAUCCUGAGUCAUUAAAAAGUAAGAAGCUUGGUAUGUAUUUUGUUGAAUCCGACAACAGGCGUUCCCCUUUUGCCGGAGGUUACACCACACUUGGUACUACACCAGUGAAUAUCCAUGGCAAGCCUAUCACCGAUCUCUCCAGAACCGGAGGCUGGGUUGCUGCCUUCUUCAUUUUCGGGAAUGAAAUGGCAGAAAGAAUGGCUUAUUUUGGGUUGUCGGUGAACAUGGUAGCGUUUAUGUUCUAUGUGAUGCAUCGACCUUUCACUAGUUCAGCCAAUGCUGUCAACAUAUUUUUGGGAAUAUCACAGGCUUCCUCAGUUCUUGGUGGUUUUCUGGCUGAUGCAUAUCUUGGUCGAUAUUGGACUAUUGCUGUUUUCACUACCAUCUAUCUUCUGGGUUUAACAGGAAUAACAUUAUGUGCCACGUUGAAUAUGCUGGUACCCAAUCAAAAUGACUGCAAUCAGCUUUCCCUGUUAUUAGGAAACUGUGAACCUGCAAAACGAUGGCAAAUGUUGUAUCUCUAUGCAGUCCUUUAUGUGACUGGCUUUGGAGCAGCUGGUAUCAGGCCUUGUGUUUCUUCUUUUGGAGCAGAUCAAUUUGAUGAGAGGAGCAGAGAUUACAAUUCCAACCUUGACAGGUUCUUCAACUUCUUCUACCUGUCUGUCACUCUGGGGGCAAUUGUGGCAUUUACUGCUGUAGUCUACAUUCAAAUGAAACAUGGAUGGGGCUUUGCCUUUGGAGCUUUGGCCAUAGCUAUGGGAAUCUCCAACGUGGUAUUCUUUCUUGGUACUCCUUUGUACAGACACAGGUUGCCUGGAGGUAGCCCUCUCACUCGUGUGGCUCAAGUCCUCAUUGCUGCUUUUCGGAAAAGAAAUGCUUCCUUUGACACUAGUGAAUAUAUUGGCCUGUAUGAGCUUCAGGGGACAAGAUCUGCAAUUAAAGGCAGUGGUAAGAUAGCUCAUACAGAUGGUUUUAGAUGGUUGGACAAAGCAGCUUUGAGACUGAAGGAAGAUGAGAUGAAUACGAGUCCCUGGCAGCUUUGCACUGUGACGCAAGUGGAAGAAGUAAAAAUCCUGUUGAAACUGAUUCCGAUUCCGACCUGCACCAUAAUGCUAAGUGUGAUCUUAACAGAGUAUUUGACUCUAUCAGUACAGCAGGCAUACACAUUGAACACUCGUAUGGGGCAUCUGAAACUUCCAGUAACAUGCAUGCCCGUUUUUCCAGGCCUCAGCAUAUUUGUGUUGCUAGCCCUUUACUACACCGUGUUUGUUCCAUUAUCGAGACGCAUCACGGGUCAUCCACGUGGGGCAUCUCAGCUUCAGAGGGUGGGGCUUGGUUUGGUGAUUUCAAUCGUAUCUAUAGGAUGGGCUGGGGUUUUCGAGAGAUACAGAAGGAAUUAUGCGAUAAGACAAGGGUAUGAGGGGAGUUUUCUGAGUGCAAUGCCUGGUUUGAGUGCUUACUGGCUUUUGAUUCAGUACUGUCUGAUUGGCCUGGCUGAGGUGUUUUGCAUAGUGGGAUUAUUGGAAUUUCUAUAUGAAGAGUCCCCAGAUGCAAUGAAAAGUAUAGGUUCAGCUUAUGCUGCUGUAGCUGGUGGUUUAGGCUGCUUUGUGGCGACUAUAUUGAACAACGUUAUCAACUCUGUAACAGGAGGGGGGGAUGAAUUAGAGAAAAGACAAAAUUCGUGGCUGUCCCAAAACAUAAAUACCGGAAGAUUUGACUAUUUCUAUUGGCUUCUUACGGGUCUGAGUAUCAUCAAUUUCUGUGUGUUUGUGUAUGUAUCCCGCAGGUACAAGUACAGGGUCAAAGCUUAACACUACAGAUUAUGAGUAGGAGAUAUGAUUGAUAUUCAGAAAUAUAUAUUAUAUACACACAUUACUUGUGGACUACCAAAUUGUAUAUAUGUUAUUGCAAUGAAUUGUAAAGAAAUCCC